UGUGAACUGCUGCAGCUGACAUGCCUCAAAGCCUCUAAAAUCAGCUCCUAAUCAUGGCGUUGGCUGAGUGUAAAUCGCUCUCGGUCUAUGGAAAGAUUUCCUUCUCCAUUUACUACUUCAUCAUCAUUUUUGGCGGCAUGACCACCGUCUUCGGAAUGGUGGCCCCGCUUCAGUCCGCUGACUGCAUGGCGGCACCAUUUCUGGCCGACAAGGAUCAGAAUGAUCAGAUCGUUUGGUUCAAGGCGACAGGCCGGAUGUGUGGCGCAUUGGCCACCCUUUUUCUCAUCGCAGUUUACCUGCUGGGCCAUUCCAUGACAUCCUUGUUUCUCUUGUUUCUCUGGGGCCUUCUGAAUUUCCUCAACUUCGCCCUCAUGAUUCCAGCGGAUUUGAAAGAUGGGGGGUCUGAAGAAGCCCAAAGGUGCAAUAGUUACAUGAAGCAACAAGUGGGAGCCUUUGCACUUUUGGAGGCAAUUGCUGUUCUCUUAGCAUACUUGGAUCAUCGAUGCAAGUCCAAGCCCAACUCGCUAGAGGAACAUCUGAGUUCUUCAGAAUAAGUCGUUGACAAAAAGCGACAUCGUUACAGCCCGAGGUCCUGGCUUCAGCAAAAAA